AUGGCAGUUAGGCACCGAAAGGGUGCUACAGCUGAACGAUAUGAUAUAUAUCUUUGCCACACAUUUCUGAUAAAAACAGAAUGGAUAGUAUUGCUGCGUGUAUACUUUUCCCUUGGCGAGCAAACCGACGUCGCAAUGGGUACCAGCAGGGUGGCUCUGUGGUUAGAGCGCGACUUUACCGACCGCAAAGUCCUUGAUUCGAACACAACCUCUGCAUCUCGACUUCCCUUGCCUAGGCUUGGGCAACCUGGUAAUAUCCCAGCCAUCGGUUUUUUUCUGGUGGCAUGGCAGUUAGGCACUGAAAGGGUGUUACAGCUGAACGAUUUCUAUUAUUACCAUAGAGUGGAAAAAACUGGCCUGUUCUCCCAGAUUCGAAUAGUGAUAUCGUCUGCAACUUCCCGUCCGGGACCCAUACAAAUGCCAAGCUAA